AUGAAGUUUUCCGCGACAACCGUCUUGGCCGCACUCGCGGCUGUGGCAUCCGCCGUCCCGGUCUGCAAGCCGCCUGUCUACACUCUCCCGAAGAUCGGAGAAGGCGCCGAGCUCACGCCCCCGGCUGCCUCCCUCGUGCUCAAGAAGAUCGCCAUCGGCCACGGCAUCCAAAACUACACCUGUGCCGCCAACACCGGCGACAGCGUGGCCACCGGCGCUCUCGCCAUCCUCCACGACGUUACUAGCUUCUACCCGGGCACCGAGCGAACCGGCGUCCCCCAGAACGCUUGGGAUGGCCUGCCGAGCAACCUCCUCUGGAACACCCCCUUCCCGCUGAACAAGCUCGCGGGUACCGAGUACGGUGCCGACCCUACUACGCCUUUCCCUGUGACGGGCGAUCUCCGUCUCAAGGGCGUUCCGCCUGCCAAGUUCCUCGGCCACCACUUCUUCGACAGCAAAGGCACCCCCGUCUUCGAUCUCCCCGCCGCGGGCCUCAAGGCGGUUCUCAAGAAGACGGACACCAAGACCGCACCGUCGGGGGCCGACAAGGGCAUCAUUGGCACCGGCGCCGUUGCCUGGCUGCAGCUGGACGACAACGGCACUGGCCAAUCCGUCGGUGUGACCUCAGUCUACCGCGUCAUCACCGCCGGCGGCGCUCCCCAACCCUGCUCGGCCGUCGGGGCCGGUGUGCAGAGUGUGCCGUACACGACGUUUUACUGGUUCUUCUAG